ACAGACGUAAGUAGAAACCCAAUCACUCUCUCUACUCCCCCCAAACCCUAGAUCCCAGGGCUCUCUCUCUCUCUCUCUCUCUCUCUCUCUCUCUCUCUCGUUUACAGUUUUUGGCUCAAGAGCGUCAUGGCCAUGGGUGAAGUAAAGGACAACGAGGCUUACGAGGAGGAGCUUCUCGACUACGAAGAAGAAGACGAAAAAGCCCCCGACUCCGUCAACGGCAAACCCACUGGCGACUCCGCCAAAAAGGGCUAUGUUGGAAUCCACAGCUCGGGGUUCAGAGAUUUCCUGUUGAAACCAGAGCUUCUUCGAGCAAUUGUAGAUUCAGGAUUUGAGCAUCCUUCAGAAGUGCAACAUGAGUGUAUACCACAAGCUAUCCUAGGAAUGGAUGUUAUCUGUCAAGCAAAGUCAGGGAUGGGGAAAACUGCGGUGUUUGUUCUCUCUACUCUGCAGCAGAUUGAACCUGUUGCAGGACAAGUUGCUGCUCUUGUCCUUUGUCAUACAAGGGAAUUGGCUUACCAGAUCUGCCACGAGUUUGAGAGGUUCAGUACCUAUUUGCCUGAUAUUAAAGUUGCUGUCUUUUAUGGUGGUGUCAAUAUCAAGGUUCACAAGGAUUUACUGAAGAAUGAAUGCCCUCAUAUUGUUGUUGGAACACCUGGUAGAAUCUUGGGUCUUGCAAGAGAUAAGGACCUUGGCUUGAAAAAUGUGAGGCAUUUUAUUCUUGAUGAGUGUGACAAGAUGCUUGAAUCACUUGACAUGAGGAAGGAUGUGCAGGAAAUUUUUAAGAUGACCCCUCAUGAUAAACAAGUUAUGAUGUUCUCAGCUACACUCAGCAAGGAGAUUCGCCCAGUUUGCAAGAAGUUCAUGCAAGAUCCAAUGGAAAUUUAUGUGGAUGAUGAGGCCAAACUGACUCUUCACGGUCUCGUACAGCACUACAUUAAACUAAGUGAGCUUGAGAAAAAUCGCAAGCUGAAUGACCUCCUUGAUGCACUGGACUUCAAUCAAGUUGUCAUUUUUGUCAAGAGUGUGAAUAGAGCUGCUGAGCUGAACAAGUUACUUGUAGAGUGCAACUUUCCGUCUAUCUGUAUACAUUCUGGAAUGUCGCAGGAAGAAAGGUUAACACGCUACAAGAGUUUCAAGGAGGGUCAUAAAAGAAUCCUUGUGGCCACUGAUUUAGUUGGUAGAGGAAUUGACAUUGAGCGUGUCAACAUUGUUAUCAAUUAUGACAUGCCUGAUUCUGCUGACACCUACCUUCAUCGCGUUGGCAGAGCUGGUAGGUUUGGCACCAAAGGGCUUGCAAUUACAUUUGUCGCAUCCGCAUCCGACUCUGAUGUUCUCAAUCAGGUUCAGGAAAGGUUUGAGGUGGAUAUUAAGGAACUUCCUGAGCAAAUUGAUACUUCCACUUACAUGCCAUCUUGAUGGAUACUCUUUUUUGGCUGCGACGGAAGCGUCUUAUCUGAGUGUGAUUGGAAGUUCGAGUAGAGGCACGGGAAGGUUCUUGAGAGGCAUUUUCGAUGUGACAGUGUUGAAUAUAUUGAACAAAACCAGCUGUAGGGCUAGCCUGUUAUCUUUAUUUUUCAGCCAUGUAUGCCACUCUAAUACUGAAUUUUUUAGACUGGAAGCUGUUGUAGGGGUUAUUAAACUAGGACUAGGCUUUGCUGAGUUAUCAUGUGAUGGCACACACUUCACAUCGAGGGAGUAUUUCAUUUGUUUAAUUGCUUUUUUAUUUAUGGGUUUAUUUUGCCGA